UCAUAGGCUGUGUCUGCCACAUGACCCGGCUGUUUUUGUUGAGUCCCUGGCUAAAAACAAACCAACAAAUCAAAGCACGCGAGUGAAUGGGGAACAUGCGCUCACUCGUCGGGCUUGUCGCCGUGGUCGUCGCCGCUACCGUGUACCUUUAUUCGCUGUCUCUGUACUUGCCCCCCGGCCCGCCGAGACCCGCUCCCACCGCUACCGGGACCCAGCAUGGCGCCGGCGGAGCAGAAGGGUCCUCCGGGGCGUCCGCUGCUGAGAGCGCCGAGGACACAAGCAGCAGGUUGAAGUUCCCGUCCGACUUGGAGGAACUGCGAGAGCUGUCCGAGCUUCUUCAAUUCUACAAGACGGAGCACACGGCCUACGUGCUGCUGCUCUUCUGCAGCGCUUACCUCUACAAGCAGUCCUUCGCCAUCCCCGGAUCCUCUUUCCUGAACAUCUUAGCGGGAGCCAUAUUUGGCCUGCACCAGGGUCUGCUGCUGGCCUGCGUGCUCACCACGGUGGGCUCCACCGCCUGCUACCUCCUGUCGCAGGCCUUUGGGAAACGCUACAUUGUCAGCCUCUUCCCUGAUAAGGUGGCCAUGCUCCAGAGGAAGGUGGAGGACAACAAGGACUGCCUGUUGUUCUUCCUUCUCUUCUUGAGGUUCUUCCCCAUGACGCCCAACUGGUUCCUCAACAUGUCGGCCCCCGUCGUCAACAUCCCCGUCACCUUCUUCUUCUGCUCCGUCUUCAUCGGUUUGCUGCCCUACAACUUUAUCUGCGUACAGACGGGCGUCGUGCUGGCGGAGGUGUCGUCACUGGACCACUUGUUCUCCUGGCAGCGUCUGGCCCAGCUUCUCGCCAUAGCGUGCACGGCGCUGCUGCCCGGCGCUCUCGUCCGCCGCUACGGCCAGCAGCGCCUCAAGGUGACGGCCGUGCACGAGCGCAACGGACUCCGCGAAAACAAGAAGGUCCAGUGACUGGCCGUGUGGAUUGUUUAUUUGGACUACUGGAGCCGCCUGAUGACAGAACGCCUAUCCAGGACAUAUUCAGAGAGGGGGAGGCACUUGUGCCUGUUAAACAAUUUGAGAUUGUUCUGAACGUGUACCUCACGGCAGUCUUCAAACUCUCCUGCUUUGACGACACAGACUUCAAAAGGAAGCGCUUUAUUUGUAACCAAAAUACAAAAUAGCGUUUUAUAUAUUAUAAAUAGAAUUUUAAAAGUUGUAUUGACUCGUCCAGGGUGUUAACCCGCCUCUCGCUAAUUGUCAGCUGGGAUAGGUCCAGCUCACCCGCUAGCCGAUGGAUGUUCUUCUUCAUUUUUAGCGAACGUACGUAUACUUCGCCCAGGCAGCAGAAAGCCUUUAAAUUAUUCAUACUAUGAAAAUCAGUUCAUGAUGAAAGCUGGAAGAGAUUGCCAAGACAGUGUUUUGAUCAAGACUAGAAAGGCCACAAUAUUAGGCACAACUGCACAAGCCAAAUACAAGAACUACAUUACGCAUUCGGAUUUUAUGAAGAUAAUAAUGAUGUGUUUUGAUUGACACUGUCAGAGGUGUUCAGUUCAAAAUGUGUUCAUGUCAUUUUAUGACACCAAAAAUCUGUAUAUAAGAAUAAAGUAUUUUUGUUCUUAA